AAGAUAUCCAAUUACAUAUGGGCAUUAUUAAACAACCUUAUAAAAAUUCAAAAAUGAGUGCAGAUGUAAACGAACGUGAUAUAAGGAUAAUUACUCCUUUACUCACAGAUUUAUAUCAAAUUACAAUGGCAUAUGCUUAUUGGAAGAGUGAAUCAAAAGAUAAAAUAGCAGUUUUUGAUUUAUAUUUCCGCAAAAAUCCUUUUGGUGGUGAAUUUACAAUAUUUUCAGGUUUAAGUGAUUGUAUAAAACUCUUAGAGAAUUUUUACUUUGAAGCUGACGACAUAAGUUAUCUCAAGGAAAUUUUACCAAAAUAUGUUGAGGAUGACUUUUUUACAUAUUUAAAAAAUAUUGACACAAAGGAUAUAAAGCUAUCUGCUGUUCCUGAAGGAACUAUAGUUUUCCCCCGCAUUCCCCUUAUUAGCAUUGAAGGACCUUUACCAAUAGUUCAACUUUUAGAAACACCGUUAUUAACUUUUGUUAAUUUUGCCAGCUUAGUGACAACAAAUGCCGCAAGAUAUAGGAUAGCUGCAGGUUCAAAGAAGAGGUUGUUAGAGUUUGGACUUAGACGAGCUCAAGGUCCUGAUGGGGGUUUAUCCGCGUCUCGCUAUUGUUAUAUAGGAGGUUUUGACGGCACCAGUAAUGUAUUAGCCGGAAAAUUAUUCGGAAUACCCGUAGAGGGUACGCAUUCGCAUGCCUUUGUCUCAUCUUUCACACAUUCCAGUGAUUUCAAAAAUAAAAAAAUUGUGAGUUUCAACAAUGAAAAAGAGGUUCCCGAUUUUUUAAACCUUUGCCUGGAUUGGAGGACCAAGGUUUGUACUUCAAUAUUUCCGAAAAUAAUCGAUGGUCAGGUGUGUCAAACUAAUGAAGGAGAAUUAACUGCAUUCGCCGCUUACGCCUUAUCCUUUCCUGACCACUUUUUAGCCCUGGUGGAUACUUACGAUGUCCUUAAGAGUGGUAUACCCAAUUUUUGUUCUGUAGCGUUGGCUUUGAAUGAUAUGGGAUAUCGAGCGAUCGGGAUUAGAAUAGAUAGUGGAGACCUGUCAUACAUUUCUAAACAAUGCCGAUCUGAAUUUACUAAAGUUUCCAAAAAAUUCAACAUUCCUUGGUUUGAAAAUAUCAAAAUCGUUGCUAGUAACGAUAUAAAUGAAGGGACUCUUUUUUCCUUGAAUGAACAAGGUAACGAAAUCGAUUGCUAUGGGAUCGGUACACACCUAGUUACAUGUCAACAACAACCGGCUCUAGGUUGCGUUUAUAAAUCAUCCGCUACUCUGCCUAAUUUAUCGCCAAAUGAUGAUAGCGAUUUAUUAACAGGCGUAUUAUCACUCCCGCUCUCGCCUGAUAACAUUUCUGCAUAUUUUUACUUUUCUGAAAAUUCUCUUCGAUUGUUGAAUCAGUUAGUCCAAAUACAGGGUAAGCCUCGAAUGAAAUUAACGCAGGAUGUUGAAAAAAUGUCGAUUCCUGGCCAAAAAAACGUUUAUAGAUUAUAUGGAAAAGAUGGCGAAGCCAUUUUAGACCUCAUUCAAAUGAGCAAUGAAAACCAAUUUAUCGAACCUCAUACUAAGAUAUUAUGCCGCCACCCAUUCCAAGCGGCACUUAGGACGUACGUAAAUCCAACAAGGGUUGAAUCACUUUUAAAAUUAUAUUGGAAAGAUGGCGAGCUGCAGAUACCACUUCCUUCCAUUGAAGAUGUCAGAAAACUUGUCAAAGAAAAUUUAUCAACGUUACGUCAAGAUCACAAGCGACAUUUAAAUCCUACGCCUUAUAAAGUUUUAUUAUGUAUCAGUCACGGAUAAAAUGUUCAACUUUAUACAUAAAUUGUGGGAAGAAAAUGCUCCAAUCAGCGAAUUGUCCUAAAAUUAUCAUUUUUCCGAAAUUAAUAAAAUACUACAGUUAAUAUAUUAAAAUCAAUAUUAUUUACAUUAUUUAAAAUAAAAUCCAAAAUUAUUUUUUUAUAAUGCAAUUUUUAGCAGGAUUGGGCACAAUUACUUUUAAAAAUAAUUGAUUACUGAUGUUAAUUACUAUUAAAUAUUUAAUUCUUAUAAUUAAAAUAAUGUUUUAAAAAAUGGUAUAAAUUUCGUAUGAUAAUCAAUCAUAAAGAUUAUUCAUAACCAUUAUUAGAAAACGUCUUACAUUAAAUAUAAUACUACCUAUCAAUUUAUCUAAAAAUUUUAUUUAACCCACCCGCCCGAUCAAUAUAUAAAAAUUAUUUGGUUGGUUCGUUUGGCUUAUUAUUUAUAAAAAAAAUGUUCAAUAAAUAUAAGUCCGUUCUGCCUAUUUCACCCGAAAAAUAUUUUAAAUUCACCAGCCCAUCCACCCACUGUUUUAAAAAACCCGUUUAACCGUCUGCUAAAAUAAUAUUUUUAAACAUGUCCAUUGUGCACUUCUAAUAUACUUACGCUUCGAUAACAUCUAUUUGAUUGUAAGUAAAAUCUAACUUUGACAUCUUUUUUGAGAAAAUUAGAACUUCAAGUUCGAUUUUAUUUAUGGGAUUAGAUUAGAUUAGGAUUGAUUAGCUUGCACGAUCUCAGAAAUUAAUCUAAUUUUCAAAAAUAUAAUCAGCAAACCUUUUGUUGAGGCCAUUAAUUUUAUUUCCAUAAAAUAGGUGGAAGCGUAUUUUUUUUAUAAUUUUGGACACGUUCUCUAAGUAGAUAAAAUGUAGAAAUAUUCUUAUAACAACUCAACUUUCAACAUACUUAAAAUUUUUCGUUUAUUGAUAACUUUGAAUCUUCAAAAUCAAUUUCAACAUCUACAUAAAACUUUAAAAAAAAUAAUUAGGGAAGAAAUAAAAAUUGGGCGGAAUGGAUAAGAAAAUAAAAUUUGAAAAUAAUGAAAUCCACUUUUAUAUAAAAUUAUCAUAUUAAAUUACUAAUUACAUUUCAACUUUUUUUAAAUUGUAAAUUACAUCUUUUUCUAUCUCUCUCUUUGUAAUUAAAUGCAAUUACUCAUUUAAAAAAAUUAUUGUAAUUUAUAUAAGAAAUUAAUUGUUUCCCAAU